CAACAAUCUCGACCUGGACACUUUCUCUUCUUAGGUUCGCACUGCUGGUCAAGUGCUUCGCUGUGCGUGGCCAUGAGCCUCAGCGAGAGCAUUCAAAUUACAAUCCCAGAUUUCGAUGAGGACGAGUUCAACAGCACUCCCAUUCCAUUCGGCAGAACUGGCGGGCAUGGACUUUUUGGAGGGUUUGGCACGGGCCAAGAUUCACCCACGACCGUGACUCCCAUUGACCGUGGCGCGUUCUUUCCUUCCCAUUCAAGAGGAGAUUCAGUAGCGUCGGAGGAUUCUGGCCAUUCGAUAUCAACUCGAUACGCAUCCAAACCGUCAACACCAUUCUCACACUCGACGCAUUCUUCCAUUGCGGCCCCUACUGGUUUCACGAAGAAGAGCUCGUUUGCCUCCAUUCGUGCUGCUUUCAAGACCGGUGCCAAGUCUAGCGACGCUCCUCCGGUCCCUCACAUAGAGAAUCAGGCGUAUCCGGCGCUGAAGAACCCAUUCAAUCGCUCGAAUACUUCCUUAAACCACAGUUCGAGAGCACCCAGUGCGGUAACAACCAGUCCGCCAUACCACCGACCAGCAACCCCCGCCUCCAAGACUAAAGGGCAUGGAUACGCGAAAUCGAAUCACUCUCAGACUGGGUCUAUAUUCCAUUAUUCUGAUGGAGGCAGCGAUUAUGGCCCUAAUCCGGGUUAUUCCUCCUCUCCACCCCCCGUCCCACGCGUUCCAAACUCAUUCGGUGCUGUUCUUCGGAGUGAAACACCGGAUUAUGAGGAAGACAAAGUGGUCAUGGACCCAAAGACCCCGUCUGACUACGCGCUUCACGCCGUUUUCAUCCGAUUCGCAGCGUCAUGUGAAGCCAAGAUAGAAAACUUUUUGAAGGAACCUUUUGACCACGAACCAUUACUCGUCGAUUUUAUGGGUCCCGGCGUCGACUCCAAAUUUGAUGAUGUCCUCGAUUCCCUAGGCAAGAUUGCUCAAAAGCACACAAAGGCAGUCGUAGACUCAAUUAUGCGCUGGCGACGAAGCCAAACCGAAAACGUCGGCUCUGAUGUUAUCAGGACACACACACAAUCGCCGAGCCCUGCUAGAGUUCGGUUGCAUGAUGUCCCUGCGCUUUUGAACGAGAGGAAAUCGCUUGCUUCCAUCUACGUUAUGUGUCGAGCACUCAUAGCGGUUUUGCAGUCAAUCUCAAAGGAUGCGUUAGGAGAGACCAUGGGCUAUAGCUUGGAAGAGACGACAUUCGAACAGUUCCGCAAACCUGAUCUGAAGCUUCUGAGCCAGUCGGCCAACCAUCGAAUGAACGCAGAGCUUUACUCGACAUUGCUGGGACAUCUCGCAAAUGUUCGUUUCGUGAGUGUAACAGAUCGCUUCUUGGCAGAGCUCGGACCCGUGGCUCAAGGCCAGGUCCCCAAAGACCUUGACAUGAAGUAUGAAAAUCUUGUGAAGGGGUUAAAUCAUAUUCAAAUCAAGGUCUGGCCACCCGAGUCAUUCGAGGAGGGAGCAGAAUUUUUAGAGUCAUUGUCGAAGUCGUUCGUCCAGGCGCAUGGGUUCAGACUGAAGAUCGCUUUUGCGGACAUUCUGGUCAAGCUUCUGCAUCCGAUCAGCAAGACUGCGCAAGCAGAGACCAAUAAUCCGCAAUGGGCUAAAGCAAUUGAAUUAAUUUAUCCUAAAGCUAGAGAAAUGGUGGCGAAACCGCGCUAUUGGAACAUUGCCUUUCCUUUGGUCAUCACGUCUCUCUGUGUUGCACCACAGGCCUAUUUUCUUAAGAAUUGGAUUCCUUGUUUCGAGAUGGCACUUUCGAAGGUCAAGGAAAAGCCCUUUCGGGUUGCAGUCAUGAACGGCAUGAUACGCCUACUUUGGACCUAUCUCUACCGUUGCCAAGAAUCUGCGUCAACCACACAAACGAAGCUCGACACGCUGUUACGCCAUUUUUUCCCCGCGAACCGAGUGGCAGUCUACCCAGUUGAUGAUCAUCUUGAGCCUUUCAUCUACAUCACGCAUUUCGUUCUAUCCCGCCAUUUUGACUUUGGGCGCGAUUUCUGUUUGGAGCUUAUGCAAGAGCCUGCCAUCAGCCAAUCCGGAACUUUAAGUAACCAGCUUGCUCCUGAACGCACUGCAAUCGCGAUCCAAGCCAUUUUACUGUCCAUUCAUGGGAUAGAGAAAGACUCUCCGACACCAACGUGGCCGAGCUCCAACGACUUUACUGCCUUCCCGUCUUGGGAAGACUAUCCCUCAUCCUCUGAGUUUAUCCCGCCUGCCUUCCUUGCGAAACCUGGCAUGCAAGGCUUUUUUGAUCGUUGUGGUUCCGCCUUAGUCACAAUCGCGACCACGUGCAAUUCUUCUGUCGGUCACAUGUCAAUAUUUGACGAACAAUGGUCAUACGCUCGCAUCAACCCAGCGUACGAGGAAUCACACAACUACGCCAUUCGCCAUCAUCCCGAAGGUGGAAGAGUUGCGUACCCCAACAGCCUUGUUCCGCAAAUAAGCAUGCUUCAGACUUGCUUCCAGUCAUGGCCUCGCUGUUUGCAUCCCAAUCUCCCUAUGACCGAUGCUGUCGACAUGCUUGUGCGUGGUGUUAUACAUAUCGAGCCGCUAGUUGGAGAGGUCGCCACUGCCGCAUUAAAGCGCUUCAUGUCUGACUCUACGGCUGGUACCAUAGUCAUCGGGAGGCUCACCCACUUCCUGUUUGACCCGCAACACAUAGCGCGCGAAGGUUCUGGAUUGAAGCUACUCAUUAACUCGGCUUCACUACUGAAUCUGUGGCACAAACUGGUGGAAACUUGGGUCAACGAUCUCCUUGGUCGAACCCCUGAGUCGCUUGCGGAGGAUGAAGCCGCCAUCUUGGACUGCUGCAACGGGGUGGAGUCUGGUGCAUUAUUUCUUUUGUCGUCUGAAGCGUGGUUUAUCCAUAGCCUCGGUUGCAAAGUUAUUCGCCUCCUUGGUCAACUUGUUGCCAAAUUUUCGUCAGACCCACUCUCACCUUCAGAUCCGCCGGUGUCAUUCCUUCCUCUUGUUGAACUCCUUCAAGGGAAGGGUGGGAAUAAAUCAUAUCUGAAAGGCUUCGAAGAGCUGCUUGACAAACCCGAUAUCGCCCGUCUGGAUCAAUGGGUGCAAUCAAAACGAAUCGAUAUUCCGCUGCGAAUUGCUGAAAGCAGCAACGAACACGACCGAAAGAUUUGGCACCAUCUCUUCCCUAUCUUUAUGCGCAUUUGCAUGGAGCAUUCACAUUCGUCAAUAAUCUCUCUUCGAGACACAGUUGUGGCCGCUGUGAACAAGUAUCAUCCCACCAUCUCGCACGUUGCUGGUCUCAGCAGUCGGUCACCUGCCGGGCUGACAAAUCGAACGCCGGGUACGGUGGAGAAGGAUGGACCCCGUCUUGUAAGGGACAACAAGAUACACAUUGACCAAUGGCAUGUCUGGGUCAAAAUCCUUUGCUCGACAGCCACUCUUUCAGAAUCACACCGAGCUGCAAUGACACAAAUUGGACGAGACCAUUCGCGCGCCCCGUCUGAUAUGAAUUUCGAGCGUGAGCGCUUGUCGACCACGCGAGGGCUGUUCAGGUAUCUGACGCCCUUCUUGGACUCCGAAUACACGCCAUUCCGUGAUGCUGCUGUUUUGUGCAUCAGCGCUUUCCCCGCUGGUGGAUAUUCCCAACUUCUCGAUGACCUCAGCCUUCUUGCGGGGCGCCAGUUUUAUGAUGAUCCGAGAUCGAAAGCAGGACCCACGCUCACCGUUGACCAGAACAUUCUUACUCCCCGUCAAUUCCAUGAAGAGAAAUUCAGACCAACUGCUGCUGCUAUCGGCGAUCGGACUCGCCGGCAGGAGCGCCUGUACUCUGCUGUUGCUCGAAUAUAUUAUCUCACCGCCCAUUACCUUCAAUUACAACGCUCUGCUGGUCGCCAGGCGGCCCUCGCAAAUGUCCUCAAAUUUGUGCGGAAUACGCAAGCCUUUCUGACUGCCGCAGACAUGCGAGAUAACUACUCCCUCCAACGACUCCGACGAUACUUUUGUGGCACGGUGGAACGUCUUUUCGAUGGCCUCGCUGGUCUCACUGAUUCAGAUCGCUUUAUUCCACCAAAUAUGCACCUGUCAUUGUAUCGGUUAUGCGAGGAGUGGUGUCAAUUUGGACCACAAGCUGAAGGUGUAAAGCAACGAUUCAUUCUCAUGCAAAGAGCCGCAGCGUCCCCUUCCUCCGUUGACCUGGAUAGUAGUCAGUCUGCGACGCGGUUCCAAACAGAAACACUGCUACUUUCUCAAGCAUCUGUGGGUGCAUUGGCUUCUCUUUGCCAAAAGGCAUACUUCCCCUCCGACCUUUCGUCUGAAUCUCCUGUAGAUAGAACACCCCCUGAAUUCUUGAGACCUCUCUCCGCACAUGGCGUUUUGGAGCGAUUCGGUGCUAUUCUUUCGUCUGAUCAUGGUCCAACCCAGACUCGGGGAAAGAAAGCACUUCGUGCAUUGCUGGCUGCCAACACGAACGAUAGCAUUUUGAUAGCGGACUCCUUACGACGGGCCAUUGUCCUAACAGACAGGACAAACUCGAGCAGCAUACUUUUCUUCGAGGUCAUCUCUGAGAUCGUUUGUGAUCAUGACAACCAUGCUUUCACGUUUGCGCAAAUCGUCUGCCUCGGUCUCUCGAACCUAUGUCAUCCGCAUCUUCCGAUUCGUAGCAAUGCCUUCAACAUGCUUGAGGCCAUUCACCAGCAAACAUCGGGUCUGCUCACUAUGUCACAAUUCGAAGCAUCCGCCGUUAGCCAGGCUCCAGGAACCUACGUCCAUGCCCAUCGUUUGAUCUCCGACUUCCUUGCUGGGGAGCACCCAAACCAGGCAGCGCCAAUCCUCAUCCAGUUUGCCCAUUGGCUAGCCCAACUACAUAAUACGUCAUCAGUCGCAAACGUGCCGCUCUUUCUGCUACAAAGCUUGGAGUUCUGGAUCUCAAAUAUCGAGUUGAUGACGGAGGAUAAGAUCAGUCUGUCACGAGAAGGUCAUUCUGCGCUAUACCACCUCAUGGCGCUUAUGCUGCGCUUUGGCAAGAGCCAUUCAGAACAAAUCACCGUUCUUUGGACGCGUUUGGUCGAGCCCCCACAUCAAUCGAAUGGUCAUGCGACUGUGAGGUUCUUGCUAGAACAAUCACACAAAGUCGGAAGUACUAUCUUCAUCGAAUGCGCGGCCAAUAUUGUUGCCUCUUUAUGUCAAACAAGUGUUGGACGGCAAAUAUUUGAAGAGUUGUGUUCCGUCGUUGAGCCAGCGCGAAUGCUACCCACCAUUGACCACAAACUGGCCUUCCCGGAUGCAGAUGACAUGGAGCUAUGGGCCGAUCUCGAUGCCUUAUUUGCGUCAGAUGAACCGAAAAUAUCGCUUGGUUCAGCUCAAUUCGCAUGGCUAUUUCUGGCAGACAUUGCUUUGCCGCGCUAUUGGGAGCUCAAACCACAAUUGCCGGUUCUUCUACAUGCCGUAUUUGCGCAUCUUGAUCACCGUAUUCCCUUCGUUCGUGGAAGGGCGCAGCGAAUGCUCUUCCAAAUAUUAAGGUCUUGGGUUCCAGGCUAUGACGAGCUUGUGGACCGUGCUGCUUACCCAAGUCGGACCGCACUCAAAGCAACCAUAUCCAGGCUCGAGUCAGAGGCCGCGUCCAUGUACUGGAAGGAAGAUGAGGGUGGUGUUGAUGUCGAGCCCAAGAUGAAGUGGCUUUCUGGGGAAGUCGUGCGGCUGAUGCUGCCCCUUUGUCCGAAACUGCCUGAGUUAUGGGGCUCAUUGGCGCUUUACUGGGGAACUUCUUGUUCGAUUCGGGCAACAGCUUUCCGUUCGUUGCAAAUUUAUCGUGCAAUCAUGGUCGGUGUUACGUCAGCAGACCUUGCUCUCCUCCUGGGUCGACUCUCCAACACGAUUGCUGGGCCUGACGAUAACAUAAAGGCAUUCACAACCGAAAUUCUCCGGACUAUGUAUGCUAUGGUGCCAGAUGUCGAGAAGACAAUGCUUCCGCAAAUGUUCUGGUCCACUUGCGCCGCUCUUUCCACGACGGAGGAGCAUGAAUUCUCCCAAACGCUGCGGAUUCUGGAGCGCUUGUUGCCUCGAAUCAACUUUGAUGACCCCAGUACGGCUGAACUGCUGCUUUCGCAGCAACCCAUGGGCUGGGAGGGCCCGGAAUUCCUACAGCCCGUGCUUUUGACCGGAUUAAGGUCCUCGACGACAUUUGACGCAACGAUGAGGACUCUUCGAGCCCUGACACAAGCCCAGGAUGACCGUAUUAUUGAUCCUACUACGGGUCGCGUUCGAGAUCUAUACACAUUGGCCCUCCCCUGUUGUCUCCAUGCGAUGAACCCCGACACACCCAAUGACCCAGAGCUCAAGGAGUUUGCUGAGAACAUCAGUGUUUUGGCGGAGCAAGAAGGACGACAGAGCAUCCAGAAGAUCAUGAACUCGUUCGCGAAAGGCCAUUUCCGCACCAGAGACGACUUUUUGCGCCAAUCGGUUGCUAGUCUCCGUGAGCAUUACGGGACAGACUACUGGACAGAGAUCGUGACUCUGCUGCUGGGGCUUGUGUUGAAUCGUCAGCGCUGGCUUCGGGUCCACGCCAUGCAAAUUCUCAAGGUGUUAUUCCAGCAGCGGGAGACGCGCGAGUUGCUUGGCUCCGAGCUGUUGAUGCCGCUGUUGCGACUGUUGGAGACUGAUCUUGCACCACAAGCCCUUGAAGUGCUGGAGGAACCGAUGACCAUGUCUGGUGGUCUUCCCGCGAAGCAUGUCCUUCGGAUGAGUAUGCACGCCCGGUCACUACACAAGGACGUCAACUCCGCCGCGACUGUGUUUGGCGUCCCUGAACCGUCUGGGUGGUGUGUUGUCCGGGCCGAUUCCCUCCGGGCGACCUGUCGAUCGAAUAUGAUGGCGGUAUUCGAUACUUGCUCCAUGCCAUCUCGACCCUCGCGGAUUGAUUUCGAGCCAGAGGUGGAGGCUUUGGCUGCGAUGAGCCCGUUGCAAGAGGAUCUGGGCGGCCUGGUGCAGAACUUGCACGACUUGACGACUUUCUUCCAGGACGAUGAGCAGUCUGAAUCGUUUACCAUCCCGAAUCGCCGGCUGGAAGCGCGCGUUGCGGCGAUCCUGGCCAAGUCGAUAUCGUCUGAAGCGGUUAAUGACUUGCCGCAGACGCCCUUCCGUGACGUCUUCAGGGUUGGGGCGGUCAGUCCGACGGAGGAUUCGGACGACGACUCGGAUAGCGACUCUGAUUUGGAUGCUUUUAUUUUUGACUCAGCCGCUAUCUAUCGCGCCGCCCCAGUGCGCCUAAUGGGUCAAGGUUAUAGACAACCUUUGUAG